CCAGAUAAACCCACCCGCCCCUCCAUCCCACACGUAAUUACUGAGCCAUUCAACCCUCAAGCUUCAAACAUGGCCACAUCGCCAGUCCACCUCACCUCAACCUUCCACCACACCACCGCAACCCAUAGCUACGAUAUUCGCUGGACCUCCAUCGGCGCAACCACCGCACCCCCACUAAUCUUCAUCCACGGCACCCCGUGGUCCUCACGCGUCUGGCACAACUACGCGCAAACCCUCUCUCGAAACUUCCAAGUCUACCUCUUCGACAACCCCGGCUUCGGCGACAGCCCACUGGGCACGCCCCUCCCAGCCCAAGAACACAGAAUCACCAAGGAAAUCGCCCUAGAUGCCGACCUCGCGGAGCAAUCGGAGGUCUUCGCCGCGCUCUACGACUUCUGGGCCCAGCAGGACGGCUGGAAGCAGCAAGGCAAAAGACCACAUGUUAUCGCGCAUGAUCACGGAGGGCUGAUGAGCCUGCGGGCGCACCUCUUGCAUGGAGCUGAGUACGCGAGUCUGUGUUUGAUCAACGUGGUGGCGUUAGGGCCGUUCGGACAGCCACUUUUCAAGCUUGUGGCGGAGAAUGAAGGGGUGUUUAAUGCGUUGACGGGGCCGGUGUUUGAGGGGGUCGUGGAGUCGUAUAUCCGUGAUGCGGCGUUUGGGGAAUUGAGUAGGGAGGUGAUGGAGGAGUUGAAGGCUCCGUGGAUUUGCAGGGGGAAGGAAGGGAGGGGAGGGUUUAUUAGGCAGAUGGUGCAGGCCAAUAGUCGGAGUACGGAGGAGGUGGAAGGGAGGUAUCCUGAAGUUGGGAGGAAGAUGCCCGUGGUGGUUAUCUGGGGGAAGGAGGAUAGGUGGAUUCCGGUUGAGACGGCCGGUCGGUUGAAGGAAAGGCUGAAUGCUAGGGAGGUGGUGCUGAUUGAUGGGGCUGGGCAUUUGGUCAUGUAUGACCAGCCGGGGAAGUUGGGGGUUGAGCUCGGUUGGUGGUUGAGUUCUGUCUCUCAGCAGUAGAUACCUGUGGAGUGAUACUGCGUGG